CAGUCUCGAAGGAUGGUUCCGCCAGAGCGAUAAUUGGCCGAUCAGGUUGUGUGACUACCUCGGCGACUUUCAAAUGAUGGGAGGCAAUGCGUGAUGGCCGACACAAAUACACCCCGGCAGGAUCGACACCAGGAACUUUCACAAAGCAAACGCCUUUGCUACUGUAACUGCACGGGCGACGGAUAUUGGAAUUACCGUGACAUCGUCGGCUAAUCCAGCAUUGAUCCCCUCUAAGAUGAAUUGACUUACGAAAGAUUCUUCGAGCCCACAGCUAUUCUACGUAUAGAAACCCCCUUUUUUCUCCUCCCUAGCAAAAAACCAAAAGAAAAGCCGAAGAGUAGCCAGAGAGGAGGAAAAACGAGGAGAGAACACGAACCAAACAGAAUCACCCCACCCUAGCACUUCAAACAUUGAUCACAGGUAUCCCGCAGUCAUCGUAUACAACCGGUGCCCACCAGCGUCGAGACCCAGUCAGCCUUUGAUGACUAGUACUUGAGCAGCUCUUACCCAGAUGAGCUUCUCAUUGGCUUUAGACCCAUCGCGCAAAUUCAAUACCUCCCCGCAGCAACUCCAGACCAUGAGUUCCCGAGACGGCUUCUUAGCCCCAGCUCCCCCAGAAUGGGGCUGCCUCGGUGACUAGCUAUACGAGUUUCGGCUUUGAGUCGAGGCACCAGGAGAUAUCGAACCAAAACACUGAUAUAACACCACCCCGGCCUUGUUCAAGCACGCGCUUUUUUCCUGAUCAAGGUCCGUAAGUUCGAAAGACAACAGUGCAAUCUAGGCAAGAGGACAACAGAACUGACUCUCCUUGGACCAAGUUGCACCGCUACCAUGGCCGAUUCGGGUCUUCGACACCGUGGUCACCACGACCACAAUUCUGCCGAGCUUACUGAACUUCAACGCCUCGAACUCGAGCACGCUCAACGAGAUACCGGCGCUCUUGAAGAUCUCCAGAACUCGGAUGCCCUCGUCACCGAUCAAUCCGAGUUCACUGGACGGUAUUACUUCCGAAUGGCAACAGCAUGUUUCUCUAUCAGUAUGGGUACUACUGGUUCAUACUUCGGCUUCACCUGCCCGGCAUCUCUGCUGACCUACAUCAAUGAGGAUAUUGGACCCAGCAACAACGCUAGCUUGGUCUCCAUCAUCUGGACUGCUGCUUGUGCCAUUUCGAUUAUUCUUUUCGGUCGAUUGUCUGAUAAGUUCGGCCGAAGAUGGUUUGUCGUUGGAGCUUCAUUCAUGGGUGUUAUCGGAGGUAUCAUUGCCUCUCGGGCUCAGAACAUGGAUACACUCGUCGGCGCAAAUGUCUUGAUCGGUCUCUCUGGUGGUGUCCACACCUGUUAUGGUCUGACCAUGGGUGAACUCGUCCCCAACCGCUACAAGACAGCAGCCUUUUCCGCGGUCGUGGUUCUGUGUUUCGUUGGUAUCUCCUUUGCGCCAAUCAUUGGCUUCAGGCUCAUUAAGCUUGGUCCAGGAUGGAGAUUCAUCUACUAUAUCUACAUCAUCUUCAUGGCUAUCGCGACCACCUCGCAAUUCUUCUUCUACAAGCCGCCGUCAUUUAAGCAGCUUCACGGUGGAAAGCGAACCAUCAUGCAAGAAGUCAAGCGUAUUGACUUCGUCGGAUUGUUCCUUCUGACCGCCGGAAUCGUGCUCUUCAUCCUCGGUAUCUCGUGGGGUGGUCAACCCGUUCCAUGGAAGUCGGCACAGAUUCUCUGCCUUCUUAUCAUCGGCUUUGUGCUCUGUGUGCUGUUUGUUCUUUGGGAGAUCUACUCCAACGUGCCGAAUCCUCUCAUGCCUAUGUAUUUCUUCAAAGAUAUCAAAGGAUUUACCUGCUUGGCAAUUAUCGAUGCGAUUUCCGGAGCUGGAUAUGUUGCGCCUUCCGUCAUCUGGCCUAUGCAGGUCGCCAAUAUCUACGCUGCUGGUUCCAAUCCUGUCGGCUGGGAAGAACAGGCAUGGUUGACCUCAGCCGUGACAUUCGCCAUCGUCGGAGGUAUCGUGUUCUGGGGAGCUGUUCUGCCAAUCAUCAAGCAUGUCAAGAAACAAAUGAUCCUGAUGGCAUUGAUGGUGCUCGCCUUCUCCGGAGGUCUCAUUGCCUCGAGCAGAGACAACAAAGGUCGAAAUGCGGCAUUUGCCUUCCUGUCAAUGUUUGCCGAUGGUAUGCUCGAGAUCACACCACUGUCAUUGGUGCAAAUUUCUGCCAACGAUGCCGAUCUAGGCACGGUCUUCGGUAAGUACUUGUUCGCCAACAUGCCUAGUAAGAACUUUGUGCUAGCAUGAAAAUUCAGGAAUCAUCUGUCUCUUCAGAACUGUCAAUGGCUCGAUCUUCACUGCCAUCUACCUAGCCAUCUUCCAAAACACACUCCCCAAGGAAAUCGCCAAGCUUGUCCCCAGCGCCGUCGAGGCCGCUGGACUUCCCUCCUCAUCUCUUGGUGAACUAAUGACGGCUGUCGGUGUGGGUACCGCCGAUGCUUUGAACGCAGUUCCUGGCAUGACCGGCGGCAUCCUAAAUGCCACUCUCGAUGCUCUUGUCGAUGCAAAGACUGCUUCCUUCUCCUACAUGUACUAUGCCACCAUCCCAGUCAAUGUCAUUAUGUUGGGUGCAGUUCUUUUGAUGAAGGACUACGACAAGCUUCUUACUACUCACGUCCCUCGACAAGUCUACGCCAAUGGUGAAGGUGUUGAGCACCACGAGAAGGUCGGCGACGUUGAGGGAAGCCGCGCACACCCAAGCUCCGAGAAGGGACAGAACCUUGAGAUUGAAGCUGCUGGGGCUGGCAGUAACUCCGACCGCGAAGAUGUCCGCUAAACAGACAUUUCGCGAGCUUUUUCUAAGGUCCUUCCUUAAUACUCAGGCCUGAAGUGGUGAUGGGAUGGAUGUAUGCACUUUAUAGUGUCAUGAGCACCUCAAGGCCGUGGAAGACGUGUAUUUAGCUACCGAGGAGACAAGUGUUGUCGCAUGUAUAUACCUAUUCAAAUAGGCGCAG